GGCUCCAGAAGGGGUUAAAAAAAAAAAAACCAACCCACCCAACCCCAAACCCCAAAGGCCAACGCAAACCCCAAAGCCGGCCAGCACCGUCGCAGCCCCUCGCCGGAGCCGCGCUCGCCGCCGCCGCCUCCCCGCCCGCCCGGCGGGGAGCGCCUCCCGCCCCGGCCAUGGCGCGCUGCUGAGCGCGGCCCCCGGGGCCAGCGGGGCGGACCAUGAACCUGGUGGGGGGCUACCAGCACCACCACCACCACCACCAUCACCACCACAUGCUGCACGACCCCUUCCUCUUCGGGCCGGCGGCGCGGUGUCACCAGGAGCGAGCCUAUUUCCCCGGCUGGGUGUUAAACCCGGCCGAGGUGACCCCCGAGCUCGCCGGGCAAAGCCCGAGCUACGGCCCUGCCGAGUACGGCCCGGCCGGGCAGGGGCGGCUGGAGGCUCUCAGCGGCCGCCUGGGCCGGCGGAAAGGGGUCGGGGGACCCAAGAAAGAGCGCCGGAGGACGGAGAGCAUCAACAGCGCCUUCGCCGAGCUCCGCGAGUGCAUCCCCAACGUGCCCGCCGACACCAAGCUCUCCAAGAUCAAGACCCUGCGCCUGGCCACCAGCUACAUCGCCUACCUGAUGGAGGUGCUGGCCAAGGACAGCCAGCCCGGGGACACCGAGGGCUUCAAAGCCGAGCUCAAGAAGGCCGACGGCAGGGAGAACAAGAGGAAACGGGAGACGCAGCCCGAGGUCUAUUCGCAGCCUUUGGGCCACGGCGAGAAGAAGCUGAAGGGCCGGACGGGUUGGCCUCAGCAGGUCUGGGCUCUGGAACUGAACCCCUGAGGGCUGCCCCGACGGCGCUUCCCGCUCGCCCCUCCAUGUGCAAUGUCGGAGAGAGCCCGGCCUGGCCCCCGGAGCCCACCCAGGCGCAGGAUGCGGGUACCCGGCCCGGCUCCCCCCUGCCCAGAGGGAUGCUCCGCGGGAGACAAGGGACGGGCGCCUUGCGGGGACGGAUCCUGCCCGCCCCGUCGGGGGCCAUUUUCCCCCUCGCCCCUUCCCCAGUUUGCAGUACUCGUUGCUCCUUCCCGUUGUCAGCAGCGAUCAGCAGCUCCUGCCCUCCCGGGCCGGGCUGAAACGGUUUGAUUCGUUUGCUGUUGUAAAUACGAGCCCCCGUCCCUGUCCCCGUCCGCUGCCUGACCGACGUGUGGCUGCGGUGAAACUACCUAGAGGUGCAUUUGGGAACACUCCUGUGCCGGGUUUUCUACCUCAGAUCUGCAUGACCACUUCCCGAGGGACCGGGCGCGCCACACCACAUAUUUAAAACUGAAUAAUUAAAAAAAAUUUAAAUAAAAUAAAAUUUAAACUUUACGCAAACAGCCUCGGGUCCGACCCCUCUGCCUUCCCCCACUCCUGGGAUCACGCUGCUGCGGCUGGGCUUCCUGCCUUCCUGCCCUCCUGCCCGCACGGGCAAGGUGUGCUGCGAGAUUAAGGGCUCCCUUUAAGUCUGUGCCCUGCUGU